AUAUAUAUCAAGUCUUGUCUUUAGAUAUAUUUGUUAUCUGGGAGGGGAAGUAACUCCUCUAACCUUAAAGGUAAAAUUUGAUAUUCAUUACCGGUCUUUAUAAUAUGACGUCAUAAGUUUAUGUGUACUCACGACUAGACAUUUCUGGAAACUCAGGGAGGAAGGUCAGAAAUUUUUUCCUCAGUUUUUAAAUUUCUUUAAAGUUAAUUACACGUUUCUUUUAUUGUCUUAUUCGGGUAUUAAUUACUUUAGAAUAUCUUGAACGUUACGUUGCCCGAAUUAUUUCCAGUAAUUUUUCUUCUUUUAUCGCUAAAUUGCUAUUUAUUCUCAUUUUCCCGUCGAAGCACGUGGGGUAGAACUAGAAGUGGCAAUGCCAUGGGCCAUGGCGUGGCGGCCAUAUUUCACUGUUUAAGUGCACCGUAUUAUAAUAACAUAUAUUUUAUAAAUCUUAUCAACAAAUUUAUUCGAAUGAAAGUAAAUGCUAGUAACUAAAGGAAUUUUUAUAGAAUUCAUUAAAAUCCACAGACCACGUGGUGUCUUAGCAGUGCAAGCCACAUAAUACACAUUUUUAUAAUAUUCAUAGAUUUAGUUCAAAACCGUUCUUAAAAUUUCAACAUUAAUUAUUGAUAAAAGAAUUGAUAAAAUAAUUUACUUAUAAAUGAAUGAAUUUGAAUAAUAUGAAUGAAAUUAAGAAUUAUUGCAAUAAAUAAGAUGUUGCUACAUUUAUUAAAUUUGCUGAACAUUCCACUUUUAAUUUCUGUUUUAAUUUAUUUUACAUAUACGGCCGAUAUGCCUCGUCCGAAAAGGAAACUUCCACUUGCUGGACAAGUUGAUCAACGUCGUCAAAGGAGGAGGGCAGCUGCAGCUUCCCCCCCUUUUUCUGGGCCUAAUGUUCCUGCUCCACUUACUAAUUAUACACCUCAUCCGCUGGCAAGUAGUGUACCUGCUCCAUUAUACUCUAGUGGGAAUCAACAUUUUCAGUGUGCGGUACCUCCUCCACCAGUUCAUGGCUCUGUUGCAUCAUAUGCAACUGCAAGUAGAAACCAAGACUUUCAGUUUCCUCCACCUGGCUUUCCUGCUCCACAAAUUAAUUAUACAUCUGAUCCGCUGGCAAGUAGUGUACCUGCUCCAUUAUACUCUAAUGGGAAUCAGCAAUUUCAGUGUGCGGUACCUCCUCCCACAGCUCAUGGCUCUGUUGUUUCAUAUGCAACAGCAAGUAGAAACCAAGACUUCCAGUUUCCUCCACCUGGUCCUAGUGUUCUUCAACCACACCCUGAUGUUUUGGAUCAGCCUCCAGUUAUGGCAACACCUGCUGAUCAUAGUUUAGGUAACCUUUUUCCUUUACAUUCUGUUUGUACCAAUAUGUGUAUGCAUAUUUCACAAAAAAUUAAAGAGCAAGUCUGGUCAGGUGAAUAUAUUGAUUUAGGAUUACUGUUACAAAAAGAACCAUUACCAGAGGCUCAGUCUAUUAAAGUUUUAAAUGGCAAUAUUGUAUUAGACAGUAGUCCAAAAAUACAUGAAAUGAAGAACAUAAGUUCAUGGACUGACGCAUUUUUAAUAUAUAUUCAAAUAGUUAUUAUGAAAAGUCCCUCUCUUGCCUCGGAGUUAAUACAGUACAUGCACAUGGUCCGCCUAGCUGCAAAACGUAAUUCAUUUGGCUGGCUGUAUUAUGAUAAAGCUUUUCGACAGAAAAAAUCUAUGCAUGCCGAUAUGAAAUGGUCCUCUAUUGAUGGCGAACUUUGGUUGCUUACAAUGACUGGUACUUCACAUGUUAGACAGCCUCAAAACCAGUUAUAUAAAUAUAACUUAUGUUUAUUCUUUAAUAAUAAAGGCUUUUGUACAAAGUCUGGAUGCCCUUAUCAGCAUCUCUGCAAAAAUUGCAGAGGUCCCCAUUCAGCUAUUUCAUGUGGGAUUCGAACCUCAACUUCUAUGCAAAAUCCGUUAAAUAAUUUCAGGCCUAGAGUCGUUAAACCACAAGGCCCAAGAUUUAGUGCUCCUCGAGCGUUUGUUGGAGUUAGGCACAUCACCAAUUGACAUAAAACGUUUAAAGAUAUGGUUAAAGGGUUAUGAGGUUGCUGAACAAAAAUAUCUUUUGAAUGGUUUUAGAAAAGGAUUUGGACUCCAGUACUCUGGCCAACAGAUUAGUUAUGAAUCAAAAAACUAAAAUCUGCCAUUUUAAAU